CUCGUGUGUAUUAGUGUGAGAGAGGGAGACAAUUUUUGUUUCCCAUUGAUUUGUUUAGCUUGCAAACUGUAAACGUAGACUGCAGUAAGCGACGAAGAUGGUUAUGGAUAGCAUAGAAACUCCGUCUUCACCGUCUCCGUCUCAGUAUCAGAUCGGCCACCCGCGCCAUUUCUAUCUCGCAGUAGACAGACUCCAAUUCAAAAUGCAAACGUUGGUUGAUCUUCUCGAUUUGGUGGGUCAGCGUUCUUGCUUACCAAUUGUUGUCUGUUGCAGCACUCGCGAUGACCUUGACUCUCUCUGCUCCUCUCUUUCCCCUCUCCCUUUCAUUUCCUCUUCCGCAUUGUAUAGUGACCUUGCUGAAGAUGAGCGUGCUUUUGUUUUAGACAAGUUUUGUCAAGUGGCGACGAGGUGGAAUCAGGUUAAUCAUGCUGGAGCAGGAAAUGAGGACGAUGUUGGGAAAGAUGAUAGAUCUCAUAUGGUUAUUGUCACAGAUGCUUGCCUUCCUCUUCUUACUUCUGGGGAGUCUCCCAUGAAUGCUCAUCUUCUCAUUAACUAUGAGUUACCGGCAAAAAAGGAAACAUAUGGAAGGCGGUUGGCAGCUUGUCUAACAGCUGAUGGAAUUGUUAUCAAUAUGGUUGUCGGUGGAGAAGUGGUAACUCUAAAGAGUAUUGAAGAAAGCACCGGUAUUGUCAUGCAAGAGAUGCCAAUGCAAAUUCUUGACAUUUUAUGAUGUUAAACCUUAAUCCUUACUCUGGAAGAAAGUAAAGAAUUUGAUUGUCUGCUUCCAUGAAUCGAUGAAGACUUGAAGAUCUCCCAUUACUUUGAAUACUGCGUCAUUAACAACUAGUCCUUUCUACACACAAAAUAUACUAUAAGGUUCUUUUUUCUGUAAUUGCUUUGCUUGCAAGGACAACUAUAUGCUGUCUUUAACAACUAGUAAUUUUAUGUGGACAACUAGUAAUUUUGUCUUUGCAAAGUGAAUUCCUGUGGCAGUUUA